UCAGGUCAUCCUGAAUCCAGAGCCAGUGCUUUAUCCACUGUGCCACCUAGCUGUCCUCCAUUAGUUUUUAAAAUUUCAUUUUCUGCCCCUCCUUUCCAGAGAGAAUUUCUUUCCCUCCCUCAUUUCACUAUCCAUCUUCCCUACUCUAGACCCUCAUUCUCCUGAUUCACAGCACCAUCAUUUAUCUAGCCCCCAUAGGCUUCAUGGAGAAGGUGGUGCUUUUGCUGAAUCUUGAAGGAAACGAGAUUCUAAGAGGAGGUGAGGAGGAAGUGCAACCCAGUCAUGGGGACAGCCAGUGCAAAGAGAUGGGAAAUGGAUGACUGGAUAUGAGGAACAGUGAGAAGGUGAGUGGGGACUGUUGGAUGCUGGAGACUAAAGUAUAAUAGGUUAGAAAGGCAGGUCAGUUUGUGAAGGGCUUUAAAUGCCAGAUGACUUUACCUUCCUUUCUAGAGGUAAGAGGGAUGUGUUUGAAUAGGGAGUGAGAUGCUUUAGGAAGUUUGCUUGAGCAUUUGGCUGGAGAAUUGGACUGGAAUAGGGCAAGACUUGAGGCAGAGACCAGUUAGUCAAGUCAGCAAGUGAUUAUUAACUGCCUACUAUGUGCUGGGUGCUGUACUAAGCAGGAGGGAUACAAAAAAGCCAAAGGACCCACCCUGCUCACACAUAAUUUCCUGUUUGUUUGCAUAUGGAAAGACUUGCUGCUCCUUCUGCACUGGCCCCACUCAAGGAGUUUACAGGUGAAGAUAGUAAAUCACAUACUCUAGGAAAACAUAAAGAUAAGUAGGUUAAAUGCUGUUGGUGAUGCUGAGUGACACAGCCCAAUUAUGGUUUUUAAUAUUGGAGAGCUAGCUACCUUCUAGCUUGGUGACCUUGACUGGACAAACUAGAUUAAAGAGCUUUCAGAUUCCUUUCAUGUCUCUGCUCUGCUCUUCCCAACUCCCUGUUUAUUUAUUUUUCAUUCGUUCCUCCUACCUAAGACUCUGUGUGUGGCUGUUAUGCUACCAAGAUGUGUUUUUGGGUAGUGAGUAUACUUCUGUCAGGGUGGGGCUUCAUCUUGUACGCUCCAUUGGCCUCUAUUUUUUUGACUUUGUGUUUUUUUGGUGGUUUAGUUAUCUUGUCUUCUCAUUUCUUCCCUUCCUCCUCUUCUCUUCCUCUUACUUAAAGGUCAGUGGAUAUGAGUAAGCUGUUUUGAUAUAUAAAGUGCUAGUGAAUUGUCAGCAUUGAAGACAGAUGGUAGAUUCCUGUCACUGAACAAUAGGGAAAUUAAUCUAUGUGUAAUGUCCUGCCAUGAGGCCAGUAGUAAAAUAAAAAUUAACCACUCCUGAGAUUAUGUUAAGAUUUGCUCAGAGACAGAUUCUGUGGCAGACAUCCAGCCCUGAAGUGUUGCCCCGGUUGGAGAUUUAAUUAAGUGCUUCAAUCCGGGACCCCUUAUAUGAUUUCUUUUUUUCUUUUUUUUUUUUGUGGGGCAGUGGGGGUUAAGUGACUUGCCCAGGGUCACGCAGCUAGUAAGUGUUAAGUGUCUGAGGCCAGAUUUGAACUCAGGUCCUCCUGAAUCCAGGGCCAGUGCUUUAUCCACUAUGCCACCUAGCUGUCCCUCCCUUAUAUGAUUUCAAUGGACCUUCUAUAGGAUUCAGUCAUGUACCUCUUGCAUUGUCUCUUUCUCUUCAUUCUCAUGGCUACUCCAUUGGUCGAGGUCUGCCGGUGCUGUUGUAGCUGCCUCCAAUCUUUCUUCAUAUUGAUGCCAGAUGCACCAUAAAUCCAUAAUAUUUAGAACUUGAAGAGAACUAAAUGAAUCCGACUCCUUCAUACAAAUGAGGAAACUGAGGUGAAGCAACUUGCCCAGGAUCAGAGCACUAUUGCCCUAGGACCCUGGGCAAGUCACUUAACCUGUUUACCUCAGUUUCCUCAUCUCUAAAAUGGGGGUCACCCAUCUCCCAGGGUUGUCUGAGGACUGUAAAAUGCUUAGCAUUGUGCCUGGCACAUAGUAAGCACUAUAGGAAUGUUAACUAUUAUUAUAGGCAUGUUCAUAUCACUCCUCUCCUCCAAACCCUUGCAAUGACUGGUAUCUGUUGAAUACAGUCCCAACUCCAUAGCCUCGCACUCAGGGCUCAGCACAGUCAACUGUCAUGCUACUUUUCCAGAUGGACCUCGUACUUCUCCCCUCACUUAGACCUCGAAUGAAAAGACAAAGACCACAAAGGUAAUAAAUGUGGGUGUUUUGGUACAGAAAGAACAUAGGAUUCAAAGGAAAACCCUGGCUUGAUUGGCCAGGUGGGGGUGGAUGGAAUACCUCUGAAAGUAAUGGAGAGCAGAAAGGAGGAGGAUGGGGGUGGCCUCCCAUGUUUCAUCCCCUUCCUUAUUGCCUAGUCCUUCCAGGAAGAAGAUUCUGCACCAUCCCUGGGGUGAAAGGAGGGCUGUAUUGCACCUGGAGCAAUCUGAUCCCGUGGCUGAGUGGAAUUAAAAUCAUUAUACUUAAGUAAACGAUGGAUUCUCUCCAUUGCUCUAACUUUGGGGCAAACUCUAUGAUUUUAGGGACAGUCUUAGCUCUCUUGUCAAUAGAUAUAAUUGUAGCAAAGUGGCCAGAAGUAUAAGGAAAAAAAGGUAUUUCCAUAGAAUAAUUCACUCAGCUUUAUUGUCUCCCUUGGCCUUCUGUCCUUUGAGAUUGGAAGUCCCACUAAUAAUGACAGUCAUUUCUUUCUCUGCCUCCAUUUAUCUCUUCCCAGAAGCUGGAAGCCUGCCCACCUGGCCGGUCUGGACCAGCUCAUUUUCUAAUGUUUUGUUCUUCUUUGGUAAACACUGGUUAAAAAAAAAAAAACCAUCAGGAGCCUUUAUCCUGCCUUCCUUCUUUUCUGUUUGGUUCCCAGUAGAGAGAGUCCUUUUCUUCAGGAGCCUUCAGUGGGCCUCUCAUCACCUGAGCAGAAGAAGACAACUGAAACAUGACUUUCCCAGGGCCCUGAUCUUCAGCACAGAUGAUUUUUUCUUCAAGGAAGAUGGUACUUACGAGUUCAACCCUGAUGUCCUGGAGGAAGCUCACGACUGGAACCAGAAAAGAGCAAGGAAAGCAAUGAGGAAUGGCAUAUCCCCAAUUAUUAUUGAUAAUACCAACCUUCACGCCUGGGAGAUGAAGCCCUAUGCAGUCAUGGCACUUGAAAAUAACUAUGAAGUUAUAUUCCGAGAACCUGACACUCGUUGGAAAUUCAAUGUUCAAGAGUUAGCAAGAAGAAACACACAUGGGGUCCCAAGAGAAAAAAUACAUCGAAUGAAAGAACAGUAUGAGCAUGAUGUGACCUUUCACAGUGUACUUCAUUCAGAAAAACCAAGCCGACUGAGUAGAAGCCAGGACAGGCAUGUGCCACCUUUCAACAAUGCAGGAUACUGGAACACCUACUCGGGGUUUCCAAACCGGAGAGCCCAUGGGGCCUUCUCAAAUGACAGCUACUUUAACAGAAGGGGGGGUUACCAUAAUGGGUAUUAAGAGUUAUUAUAUAUUUUAUCUUUACAGCUGUUUUACAUUUUCCUAAAUCAGUUUUUACUUCAGAUACUUGUAUUUUAUUAUCUGUUCAGUUUGUCAGAGUUCUAAUGUAAUUCCAAGGUAAAUGAUUGAACUGGGGAAGUCUUAGUGCCUAAGUCAUUGUUAUCAUUAAAAGAAGUUUAUUGGGGGCGGCUAGUUGGCGCAGUGGAUAAAGCACCGGCCCUGGAUUCAGGAGUUCCUGAGUUCAAAUCCGGCCUCAGACACUUGACACUUACUAGCUGUGUGACCUUGGGCAAGUCACUUAACCCCCACUGCCCCAAAAAAAGAAAAGAAAAAAGGAGUUUAUUAAUUGACCGCAUGUGCUGAGGGCCUGUGCACAGUUGACUAAGCAGACACAGUCCCUUCCUCUGAGAAUGAAAUCAUAGUUGAAAUGUGCUCAGGUACAGAGGACAGUUGUAGCCAUGUGAUAGAAUAAAACUGAACCAGAUCAUAAAGUGUUUCUAUUAUACAUAUUUAAACAUUAGUGCAAUUGAUUUCUCUGUAAUAGGGAUUUAUUUUUUCACUUGAUGUAUUUGACCCUAGGACACUCAUGCAUGUCUUGUGUUGUGCAGUGGGGAGUCUCCAUCUCAUUUUAGAUUGUCCCAUUGCAUAUGCUGUUUUGGUUAAGAUAUCUGUACCAGGGAAUGUAUGAGUUGUGACCAAAAGGGGAAUAUUUUUGCUUUUUAAACAAAUGUAGCAGAAUUUAUAUAGCCAAAUAAGACUUCUUUCCUUGAAAGUAGUCACCUUAAGGAAGCUCAAUCCAAGAUUGCUAUCAUUUCCCAAAAUGUUUUAGGAAGGAAACCAAUCAUGUUAAAUAAUAAAAUCUAGAGCCACAACCCCUUUUUGAUCACCUACCUUGUUCAUUGGUUUCCAAGAGCUUUAGACUAUAGUAUAGCUAAAAGUGAAGUCCACUUUUAGAAAGGAUCUUUAGAUUUGUAUAGAAGGGGGCAGCUAGGUGGCACAGUGGAUAAAGCCUUGGAUUCAGGAGAACCUGAGUUCAAAUCCGGUCUCAUACACUUGACACUUUACUAGAUGUGUGACUCUGGACAAGUCACUUAACCCUCAUUGCCCUGCAAAAAAAAAAAAAAGAUUUGUAUAGUAACAUUGUUUCUGAUUUACCAGAAAUAGAUCAAAUUUGGGGGAACUCAAUUAAGAACCAACCAUAAACCAGGUGGUUAAAAAUGAUAAUAUGAAGACGAGUAGCAUCAUUAAUAUGGUAGCAAUGGGACCAUGCACAAUGUGCAAAAAGAGGGUAUCUUGGGAAUGUCCCUUUCUCCAAUUACACAGAAAAGCAUCUGUUAACAAGUACCGUUUCCUUAGUGCAAAUUAAUUAGAAUGUUUUUUCCCCUUGUUACCCUUUCACUUAAGACACUGAUAAACCAACACCAUGUGUAGCUUUGCUCUUGGCUAAUGUAAGAUUGUUCUCUAUAGGCUCUAUUUUCUAGUGUUUUGUAAUCUCUAAUUUUUAAAGUGUUUCAAACAAUGGUGCUUUAAGUCGUUCUUUAAUGUAUGUUGUAUUUAUAUGAAUUUAACAAAGCAAAUAUUGAACGUAAA